AUGUCACUCCCCAUUUGUAGCUGUCUCUUCCCCAAACAACGUUGUUUCUCAAAAUCAAUAUUGCGGAAAUUGUGUGCUCAGAUCACUUUGCAAUCAACAAGAUGCUUCUCCUUUUCCCAAUCCUCGUUGGAGUUAGCUGCGAAUGGUUCAUUUGAAUUGAAUAACGAUAUUGAAGAUUUGAAUCAUCAAAAUGUCUCAAUUAUUGAUGAACGUCCUGUUUCACUUUCGGAAAGAUCCUAUCUCACUCCGUCAAUGAAAGAAUACGGAAAUGGGCUUGUAUGGAGAGUUUUACGAUUUAAAAUUGUACCAUCCACCCAUUCCGAUUCAAUUUUUCAACCAUCCAUCUGGAAGAACACUUUUCAUCUAUUAUUGAAAGAGGCUUUAAAACGAAUUCAAAAAAGUCAACCCUUAUUACGAAGUAAAAUCAUUUCAAGUGAUGAAGAGAAGGGGAAAAGCAGUAGCAAUGAAGGUGGCUCUAGUACUGGAUUUAAAUUUGUCAUGUUGGAUGAUGAUCAUGUACCAGAAAUUCCAUUCUAUGAAAUUCAAUUCGAUCGUCAUGAAUAUUCCUCUUUGCGUGACUAUUUGGAAAAAUAUUUAUUGCAGAAAAGAUUUGAUUUGGAGAAGAAUUUUCAAUUGGAAGUAUAUUAUCACGCAGAUGACGAUGAACUCUCGCUCAUGUUUUGUUAUAAUCAUUGCAUUGGUGAUGGAUUGUCAUUGUCAAACUUCAUUGGAGCCGUUUUAAAAGAAUGUGAAAACAUAUGGCAAAAUACACACAGCAACAGUGCGAACAGAAACAGUGGCCACCACUCGUGUCGAAAAUUAUUACCCUCCUCUGACCAAAUAAUUUUACAAUCUAACUACAAUUCAUUCAUCAACAAAAUGAAGGCAUUGAUGUAUGGAAUUCCUUGGGUCUUUAAAACAUUAACAACAAGAAUUAAUCAAACACUUGUCGAUGAAAGUAAGAGAUAUGAAAAGAGACAAAUGUGCUUGACCGAGUUAGCAUUGGAUGGAACUCGUACAAAGGCCUUGAAGAAUUUUUCCAAAUUACAUGCCCUUUCACAAAAUUCACUCUUGAUCUCACUUUUAUCACAUGCUUAUCUUCGAGCGGCCUGUCAAUAUUACCUUAAUGAGCAUUCACAACAGAAACCAUUCAGCAACACUUUGAGAAUCGGUUAUCCUGUAGGACUUUCACUUCUACCAGGUCUGCAGUCGGUGUUGGACGGCUCAAAAUUGACUGUACAUGUGGGUACCAUGAUGCGAGAUGUGACCAUCACGCCGAAUGUUGCAUGCAUGAACAUGACCAUGACUGAUCGAAAACAAGACAUCAAUAACAGAGAACAAGAAAAUUUACUCCUCUCCAGCAUCAUUGACAUUGCUAAAGAUAUUAAGGAAAAUCACACCAAACAUUUUAUCAAUCAGUUCACUCUCAUCAAUAUCAUGACUUCAGCUACCAAUAGAGAAAAAGCCAUUCUCAAAUCCCUAGAAACCAGUGACAUUCAUUUUGGAGGAAUUCCACUCAAUUUCAUUUUGACCAAUAAUGGAAAUUUAGAUAAUGUCAUGAAGAGAUGUUAUCAAUUCUCUGAUUCAUUUUCCUUACUGGUGGAAUCCAUACAGACAGUGGCAAACACUUCAGCGCUUGCAAGUGCCUUAGCUUGUGGUACAUUGACCCUACCUGCCGAUGAUAGUCACAACAAAGAGGCACAACUGAUGUUGUCACUUUCGGGUGUGGAGCCCAUUAUUUCACGCGACAAGUUAUUGGCCAUUCAAAAAGAAUUGGAGAAUUUGAUUGAAUGUAUUGUACAAGGUCAUUAG